AGUACGUCAGCGAAGGACGUUCGCGGGAAAGCAGACAGGAAAUUACCCAGUGUUUUUCCCGCGAAACGUACCAUCUGUGCAGCUUUGUCACCGGUAGUUAGACGCCUCGGUUUUUCUUUGUCAAAGGAAAGCUACCUUCUUCUCUCCGGAUUUUUAUUCGCGCCGCUGCGUCCAUCCAGCUCCCUGCAUUAUGUCUGGCUUUGACGACCCCGGAGUGUACUACAGCGACAGCUUCGGAGGUGGAGAUGCUCCCGGCGGGGACGAAGGCGGACAGAAGCGCAUCCAGAUCAAGAAAAGGUUCCGAGAGUUUCUGCGCCAGUUCCGAGUGGGAACCGACCGCACCGGUUUUACAUAUAAAUACAGAGAUGAGCUGAAGCGGCAUUACACCUUGGGGGAGUACUGCGUGGAGGUGGAGAUGGAGGACCUUGCCAGCUUCGAUGAAGACUUGUCGGACUGCCUCUACAAGCUGCCCACUGAGAACCUUCCCUUGCUGGAAGAAGCUGCUAAAGAAGUAGCCGAUGAGGUGACCCGUCCCCGGCCCGUGGGCGAGGAGACCGUGCAGGACAUCCAGGUCAUGCUGAAGAGUGACGCCCAUCAUGCUUCCAUUCGCAGCCUCAAGUCGGAGCAGGUGUCUCGUCUGGUGAAGGUGCACGGCAUCAUCAUCUCGGCCACAGCAGUCAAGGCGAAAGCCACCAAGGUGUGCCUGCAGUGUCGCGGCUGCCGCAAUGUCCUCAACAACAUCCCCCUCCCUCCGGGCCUGCAGGGAUAUGCUCUGCCACGCAAGUGCAACAGCGAGAAUGCCGCUAGGGUGAAGUGUCCCAUGGACCCCUACUUCAUCAUCCCGGACCGCUGCAUUUGCGUGGACUUCCAGACGCUCCGCCUGCAGGAGUCCCCGGACGCUGUGCCCCAUGGAGAGAUGCCCCGUCACCUCCAGCUUUACUGUGACAGGUAUCUGUGUGACCGUGUGGUGCCCGGCAACAGGGUGACCAUCGUGGGGAUCUACUCGAUCAAAAAGGUGGCAGCUGCGAAGUCCAAAGCAGGCAAAGAGAAGGGUAUCGGCGUAGGGAUUCGCUCAUCCUACCUGCGAGUGGUCGGCAUUCAGGUGGAUACAGAGGGAGCAGGUCGUGGUGCCACUGGAUCGGUGUCUCCUCAGGAGGAAGAGGAGCUCCGAGCGCUCGCUGCUUCGCCUAAAAUCUACAACUCUCUGGCGAGCUCCUUGGCUCCUUCCAUCUACGGCAGCGACGACCUGAAGAAGGCCAUCACCUGUCUGCUGUUCGGAGGUUCGAGAAAGAGGCUGCCGGACGGUCUGACUCGUAGGGGCGACAUCAAUUUGCUGAUGCUCGGAGAUCCUGGAACAGCCAAGUCUCAGUUGCUGAAGUUCGUGGAGAGAUGUGCGCCAAUCGGGGUUUAUACAUCAGGUAAAGGCAGCAGUGCUGCUGGGCUGACUGCCUCGGUGCUGAGGGAUCCAACCACCCGUGGAUUCAUCAUGGAGGGAGGAGCCAUGGUCCUGGCAGAUGGUGGAGUUGUUUGCAUUGAUGAGUUUGACAAGAUGAGAGAAGACGACAGAGUGGCGAUCCAUGAGGCCAUGGAGCAGCAGACCAUCUCCAUCGCUAAGGCGGGCAUCACAACCACCCUGAACUCGCGCUGCUCCGUGCUCGCCGCCGCCAACUCCGUGUUUGGCCGCUGGGACGACGCGAAGGGAGAGGACAACAUCGACUUCAUGCCCACCAUCCUGUCUCGUUUCGAUAUGAUUUUCAUCAUCAAGGACCACCAUGACCAGCAGAGAGACAUGACUCUGGCUCGCCACGUCAUGAACGUCCACCUGAGCGCUCAGACGCAGACCGAAGGUGUAGAGGGCGAGAUUCCUCUGGCCACUUUCAAGAAGUACAUCGCCUACGGCAGAACUAAAUGCGGCCCUCGGCUGUCGGCGGCCGCUGCUGAGAAGCUGAAAAACAGAUAUGUGGUGAUGAGGAGCGGCGCGAGGGAGCACGAGAGGGAGACGGACAAGCGGCCCUCCAUCCCCAUCACCAUCAGGCAGCUGGAGGCCAUCGUCCGUAUCGCAGAAUCUCUGGCUAAGAUGAAGCUGCAGGCUGUGGCUGGAGAAGAGGAGGUGGACGAGGCCCUCAGACUCUUCCAGGUGUCCACGCUGGACGCUGCGCUGUCUGGCAGCCUCUCCGGAGUGGAGGGAUUUACCUCUCAGGAAGACCAGGAAAUGAUCUCCCGCAUUGAGAAGCAGCUCAAGAGACGUUUUGCCAUCGGCUCCCAGGUGUCCGAGCACAGCAUCGUGCAGGACUUCACCAAGCAGAAGUAUCCAGAGCACGCCAUCUACAAGGUUCUCCACCUGAUGUUGAGGAGGGGGGAGCUGCAGCACCGCAUGCAGAGGAAGGUCCUCUACAGGGUCAAGUAGAGGAAAGUGUGCUCUCAGCCACACAUUAUGUCGUUUAUGUAAAUAGCUUUUGGUCUGUGUUGUUCUGGUUGCUGGAUAUUUGAGGAUGGAUUCUGAAAAUAACAUCGCUGUUCAGGUGCAGAUGCUGUUUAAACAAUAAAAACUGAAUUGUAUACACAA